AACCAGUAUUGUUCAGAACGUUGAAGAAAUGCGUGCCUUUUGUAUUCUAAGUCUGAUCGCUUGCUUGGCUAUAGCCAUGAUCUCUACAAAGCCAUUGGAAGAAUCGAGCUCCCGGAAAGAUUUGAAACCGCUUAAUAAAACGGAAAUAGCUAAUAUGAUCAAGGAGUUGCAGUUAUUAGAAAAAUUAGCCAACGAAACAUACUAUUCACCAGAUCCAAAAACUCAGGAGACAUAUUUGACCAAGGAACCAACUGGUGAAGAAACCAAAGAACCAACUGGGGAGGAAACUAAGGAACCAACUGGGGAGGAAAUCAAGGAACCAACUGGGGAGGAGGUAAAGAUUCCAACUGGAGAGGUAAUAAAGAUUCGAACGGGUGAAAAUGGAGAAGAAGAGUUCUUCAUUGUGGAGGAAGAUGAAGACGAAGAUGAUGCCACCUUGGACAGACCCACUGAAGCUAUACCAGUCAACUUUCUCAAAUACCCCGAACAUGCACCCGACUUUAAGGCCUAUCCACGGUUUGCCAUGCUCAGAAACGGUUAUGUGCAUCACAUGAACUUGGACUUUUGAGUGUACGCAAUUCAUCACAAAAUAAAUGAUAAUGACGUG